UUUAAGCUGAGGCAGGAAUGACAUCCUCUGCUAUGCCUUUUUUCAGAUCGUGUCUAUGUAGGAGGUCCACUUCAUAAUCUUGUGGAUCCCAGGAGUCUCAGAGAGUCCAUUGUAGAGACUGUACUGGUCAGAAUGGUGCAGGGGGGGGGACUUUAUCCACUGUCAUCUUCAGAGAACCAGCUGUUACACCUCCUUUAUGGAAGUAGUCUCAUUGCCGUCCUGGAUAAGGCAGAUGUCAAUGGUGUUGUCUGCGAACUUCAAGAGUCUCACAGAAGGGUUCCCUGAGGAGCAGUCAUUGGUGUAGAGGGAGAAGAACAAUCGGUAGAGAACACACCUCUGGGCGGUGCCACUGCUGCUUGUUCGGCCUUACCUGCUGCCUCCUGUCAGUCAGGAAGUUGGGAAUCCACUGACAGGUUGAGGCUGGCAUUGUGAGCUGGUCGUGUUCAAGCAGCAGUGCAGUCAUGGUGAAACUGGGAACUAAUCUGGCUGAUAAGAUGGAGAAACAGCCAUCUGCAGAUGAUGGCUUUGAUAACAUCCCCCUCAUCACACCCCUGGAGGUCAGCCAGCUCCAGCAGUCAUUUGCAGACAAGGUCAUCGUGAAGACGUCCACUCAUUACCAACAACAGCAGCAGAAGAAGAAGAAGAGCAAGUUGUUUAUGCCCAACAUUAACAAGCUGAACAUCAGCCUGUACAAAGAUGUCUCAGACAGAGCCAAGAUUACAGGACUGAUUCUGAUCAUGUUGGCCUUCCUGACCAGCUUGCUCCUCCUGUUGAUGUACAAAGCAAUGUGGUACAACCGCCUUACCUGCCCAGAGGGGUUCAUCCUUCAGCAGAGGCACUGCACCCCGACCGCUCUGGAAUUGUUCCCCGCCGAGCAGCCGAACCCACCUGAUGUCCAAGGCGGCAACAACUCCGGGCUGUACACCGCCCUCAGCCGCCUCAACCAGGUGAAAAGGGCGGGGCCUGAGCUGCCAUGGUUACCCGUCAUCCGAGCGCUGAAGGAGACGGACAGAACCCAAGAAGAGAGCCAUCAGCAAGCCAAAAGUGAACGAGCAGGAGAUGAGUGAGGAGAUGACAAUCAUUUGCUUGAUUUCAUGUAUGUUAGUCAGUCAUACUUCAGUGCAGCCCAUGAUCAAUCAUGUGUGUACAAACCCCGUUUCCAUAUGAGUUGAAUGAUUUGCAAAUCCUUUUCAGCCCAUAUUCAAUUGAAUGCACUACAAAGACAAGAUAUUUGAUGUUCAAACUCAUAAACUUUAUUUUUGUUUUGCAAAAAAUAAUUAACUUAGAAUUUCAUGGCUGCAACACGUGCCAAAGUAGUUGGGAAACCCCCAUACCAUCACAGAUGCUGGCUUUUCAACUUUGCGCCUAUAACAAUCCGGAUGGUUCUUUUCCUCUUUAGUCCGGAGGACACGACGUCCACAGUUUCCAAAAACAAUUUGAAAUGUGGACUCGUCAGACCACAGAACACUUUUUCACUUUGUAUCAGUCCAUCUUAGAUGAGCUCAGACCCAGCGAAGCCGACGCCGUUUCUGGGUGUUGUUGAUAAACGGUUUUCGUCUUGCAUAGGAGAGUUUUAACUUGAACUUACAGAUGUAGCGACCAAUUGUAGUUACUGACAGUGGGUUUCUGAAGUGUUCCUGAGCCCAUGUGGGGAUAUCCUUUACACACUGAUGUUGCUUGUUGAUGCAGUACAGCCUGAGGGAUCGAAGGUCACGGGCUUAGCUGCUUACGUGCAGUGAUUUCUCCAGAUUCUCUGAACCCUUUGAUGAUAUUACGGACCGUAGAUGGUGAAAUCCUUAAAUUCCUUGCAAUAGCUGGUUGAGAAAAGUUUUUCUUAAACUGUUCAACAAUUUGCUCACGCAUUUGUUCACAAAGUGGUGACCCUCGCCCCAUCCUUGUUUGUGAAUGUCUGAGCAUUUCAUGGAAUCUACUUUUAUACCCAAUCAUGGCACCACCCACCUGUUCCCAAUUUGACUGUUCACCUGUGGGAUGUUCCAAAUAAGUGUUUGAUGAGCAUUCCUCAACUUUAUCAGUAUUUAUUGCCACCUUUCCCAACUUCUUUGUCACGUGUUGCUGGCAUCAAAUUCUAAAGUUAAUGAUUAUUUGCAAAAAAAAAAAAAAGUUUAACAGUUUGAACAUCAAAUAUGUUGUCUUUGUAGCAUAUUCAACUGAAUAUGGGUUGAAAAUGAUUUGCAAAUCAUUGUAUUCUGUUUGUAUUAACAUCUAACACAAUUUCCCAACUCAUAUGGAAACGGGGUUUGUAUGACAGCGGCUGUGGCCUAAAAGCAAGAAUGGUAAUAAAGCGUUGGAAGAUGUAACUUGCCGUUUUUUAGUGAGUCGUGACUAAACUGCGUUUACACCACACAGUAUUGUGUGUGUGCGCGUGCACAUUUGUGUAAAGCAGUGGUUCUCAAACCUCAGAAAACACUUGGCUCUCCAAGUACCACCAUUUUAACCAACAUUAAAAUACAGUAGCUUAGUAGGCCUAAGUAUUCAUCAAAAACAGUUUUUUUUUAAAACAAGCAUAUUCAAUAUUUUUGGCCACUGUAACAUUACACACCGUUUGAACAGUACCACUGUAUAUAGGACAAUAAAACAAUGUACAUUCAUAAAGGUUUUUUUUUUGGCGUACGACAGUUGAGAAUCACUGGUGUACAGUAUGUGUGUGGGUACUCAUUAUUUGCUCUUACCGCUACCAUUAAAGCUUGAAAAUAUAUCUUGCAACCUCUUGUUCAAAAUAUAUAUUGUGAGUGUGAAAACUGGCCCCGACAAGAAUUGUCCAAGUUAUUGUAAAUGCACUGACUGUAACACUAUUUGGACAAAUGUGAAUGUAUAUUCCACUGUGGUGUUUUAGUUUUUAUAGCAUUAACAUACUAUAUGUAUGUUAAAGUAAGCAAAUCUAGCAUUGGCUAUUAAUAAAAUACCAUUACCAUCUUAUUUAUUUGAACUGGUGGUUAUGUCUGUUGUGUAGGAAGAGUGUGAAAUCACAGCACAGCUUGUCCUUUCAUCAUUUCCAUCACUUCCAUCUGCUCUGAUGUCACCGUCUCAACACGAAUAAAGGUGUGGACUUCUUCAA